AGAGAUAGAGAGUGCGUAGAAAGCGAGCGAGAGAGGGACGGACGGACGGACGGACGAAGAGGAGCUGGAGAAAGUGCUCGCCAGUCGUGCACGGAUCUGAUAAUAAGAAGCAAUCGCAGUGAGGAUGGUCGAGGUACUGAUGGAGUCGGGCGGCCAGGAUGUCGUGGUCGCGGAAAGCGGCGGUUCACGCGCCCACACGCCCACGGAAUGUCCGCCGAAACUGCCGCAGCAGAACGAGAAGGAGGGCCAGGUCGAGCUCACCCGGCUCCAGGAAUUCUACGCUGACCAAAGUAUCUUUAUAACCGGGGGCACCGGAUUCAUGGGCAAACUUCUCGUGGAGAAGCUACUGCGUCGUUGCCCCGGCAUCGCCUUCAUUUACCUGCUGGUGCGGCCCAAGAAGGGCAAGGAUGUGCACCAGCGCACCGAGGAGCUCUUUGACGACCCCCUCUUUGCCAAACUGAGGGAAGAACUGCCGAAAUUCCGCCAUCAGAUAGUGGCGAUUUCCGGCGAUUGCAGCCUCCCGGGCUUGGGGAUCUCCCCAUCGGAUAGGGAAAUUCUAAUCCGCGAGGUCUCGAUUGUCUUCCAUGUGGCUGCGACGGUGCGAUUCGACGAGAAGCUCAAGCUCGCCGUUGCCAUUAAUGUCCAGAGUCCCAGGGAUGUUCUCACUUUGUGCAAAGAAAUGCCGCAGCUCAAAUCUUGUAUUCAUGUCUCAACUGCUUAUGCUAAUUGUAUUCAAAAUACAAUUGAAGAAAAAUUUUAUGAUUCACCGAUUGACGGACACAAACUUAUCUCUCUGGUCGAGAAUAUGGACGAAAAGCUCGUCGAUGACAUAACCAGACCGCUCCUCGGCAGGUGGCCGAACACUUAUACCUUCACAAAAGCCGUAGCUGAAGAUAUUGUCCGUAAAGAAGGGGCGGACAUACCAGUCGGUGUAUUUAGACCUGCCAUUGUGAUCUCGACGUACCAGGAGCCAAUCAGAGGCUGGAUCGACAAUAUGUACGGGCCGACGGGUGUUGCGGCGGGUGCGGGAACUGGACUUUUGCGCUCCAUACACUGCGACGGCUCGAUAAAGGCGAACGUCGUCCCCGGCGACAUGACCGUCAACGCCCUUAUCGCCAGCGCAUGGGACGUCGCCUCGAUGAAAAAGAACAACAAGAACAACAAUGACAUACCGAUUUACAAUUACGUCUCCAAGGACAAUCCGAUAACAUGGGACGAUCUGAAGGAAAUGUCGGCAAAGUAUGGACUAGACUUACCUACGACGCGAGCUGUUUGGUAUUACAGCUUCAGGAAUACCAAAAACAAGUUCCUCCAUUUAUUUUUCAUUUAUUUUUUGCAUUUGCUGCCGGCUCUGCUUGUCGACACUGCCACCAUUUGCAUUGGCAAGCAGCCAAGGAUGCUCAAAGUUUACAAGAAAAUCCACAGAUUCAUGGAAGUCCUUAACUAUUUCACUACGAAGGAAUGGGCGUUCACGAACGAACACGUUCAUGCUCUCGUUGACAAGCUGGACAAUAAGGAUCGCAAUAUCUUCUAUAUGGAUAUGAGAGAUGUUGUUUGGGACACGUACUUUCAGAAUUACAUGAGGGGCAUCAGGCUUUAUCUUAUCAAAGAUCCUAUUGAGACUCUGCCCCAGGCGCGAAUUAAGUGGAAAAGAAUGUACUGGAUUCAUCAAGCGGUCAAAGUCUUUUUAGCCUGCGCUUUCCUAAGGCUCAGUUGGUUCGUCCUAAGUACGCUGUUCUCCGCAGUUUCGUAAAUGUCGCAAACCUCCUGCCAGCGCGACGCCGAGCAUCUUCACUACAUCAGGCGAAGUGCUAAUAAAUGGCGACGGCGGACUCUCAAGCGUCGAUUUCGUACGAAAUGAACAUCAUCGGGCAUAAGUUAAGGGCCACAUUUAUCGUUAAGCUGAGCUGCAACCAUCGACACUCGACCGAUCUCAGCUGGACGUCGCCGAAAUGUGCAUUACAUGUUUGGGAGGAAUACGUUAAUAUUGCCAAUCGGUCUAACUACUAAAAUAAAAGCGAGGAUAGAAGGAAAUGUUUGCAAUUUGUGCUUUUAACAGCCAAUACGGAAUGGUUGUCGGUUUAUCGAAGUUGGCCUGCGGCUUGAAUACGAAAAAAAAAAACUGUACAUUACUUGCUAUAUCUUCGAUUAAUUAAAUUCACCAAAUUAGGGAUACGUUGCGAACGGAUUAUUAUGCGACGUAGAAUUUAGCGUUUUUGUAUGUGGAUUAUUUAUAUUAA